GUUUAUUCAUUUCAACCUCAUCGUUCAAGUGCAGAAAUUUUAAUUUUCUGCGUCAGCCCAGCCGUAUCCAAUCGUGUCAAAUCGUCGGUGCUAUUUUUCUACUGGACGAAAUACAAGUUUUGUUUAAAUCAUCUGAUCCAGCAUAACCGAGGGCGGUAGCAAUGAGUGAAAUUGAAGCGAAAUUCUUUGUCCGCUCGUUCAUACGGUUUUUGAACAGUCAGCUUGCGCAGCCGAAUUUCAGUUCCGAUUCCCGUGAAAGUCUGGAAGUGGCUAUUCAGUGUUUGGAGAAUGUAUAUGAAUUCACCCCAGAAGAAGAGGAAGCGGCGUGCAAUGCUCAAGACGGAGAGCAUCCGCUAAACCAUAUAGACCUGUUCAAGGUUUACGUGGAUACCUUCACCAACGUAACACCGGAAAGAAAAGAGGAAGCUGAGGUUUUGAAAAACGAAGGCAACCGGCUAAUGAAGGAGGAGAAAUUCCACGAAGCCCUAAAUAUGUACACCAGGGCCAUCAGUGCAGAUGCCACUAAUCCGGUAUUUUAUUGCAAUCGUGCUGCAGCCUAUAAUCGACUGGGAGAUUUCCAGAAGGCCGCUGAUGACUGUCGCAUGUCACUGCGGUACGACCCGAACUACAGUAAAGCCUUCGGCCGGCUGGGAUUGGCCUACACCAAAAUGGACAAGCAUGAGCUGGCACUGGAAGCCUAUCAAAACGCUCUCCGGAUUGAUCCAAACAAUGAAGAUUACAAAAAUAACAUGAAUGUAACGCAACAGCGAUUGCAGGAAGUGCGAGCGGCAUCCGCUGCCGUUGGUGCUAGACCGGAUCUGGGUGCCGCUGCUGGGCUGAGUGGAAUCGAUUUUGCAGCAGCUCUUAAUAAUCCGGUGUUGGUCAAUAUGGCUACUCGAAUGAUGCACGAUCCGGCGAUUCAGAAUAUGUUAGGUCAACUGAGUGGCAUGAACAACCUUGAUGCCCUGUUUGAAACCGGCCGACAGUUAGCCGUGCAAAUGUCCAAUCAAAAUCCGGACGCUCUUGCCAGUGUGCUCCGUCAAAUGGAACAAAGCGGUGUGCUCCCACCGGAAGGCGCUCCCCCGAAUCCAGAUGGGAACAAUGAAAGCGAAGGCAACGGUGACAACCAGCCGCAGCCUCCGCCGUCAUCUAACUAGUAACUAUCCGCACGUAUGCAAAAACUGAUUUUGUAUUUUUGUUGUGCGAACCAAUGCGCUACUGUUGCAGGUGUAUUUGAGCGCUUUUGGCAAACCUGGUUGUUUGAGUUAUGAUUUGGUCCUUUUAGUUUUUUCUCGUUUGAAGUUCAGUGAUAAAGAAAAAUAAUCAAAAAAUACUACUAAAUAGUGCACACUAGGUUGAUGCCAUCACAUUGAACGGAUAUUGUACGACUAUUAUAAGACUUCCCAAUUAUUGAACGAUGGAAUAGGACAGUAGGAGCAAUGCAUUAUGGUUUAAUUCUUACUAAAGAACCAAUAAAUCAAAAUAACCUAA